AUAUUUCAAAUCGAACAAAACUGCAAAACCAGAGAGAGCGAGAGAGAUCAAAAGAAAAAACCCUAAUCAGCUAAAUCAUCUCUUCUUCGUCAAUCUUCCUAUUACUUUCUUCGGUGAAGCAUAAUCAUGGAAACUGUAAGUUCUCAGUAUCUUUCUCCCUGGUCACCAGCUUCAACUCCUCCACAAACUCCCGUCGAAGCGUACAUAGGAAGUUUCGUCACUAUGAUUUCUAACAACAAUCUACGUUACGAAGGCAUUGUAUGUUUUCUCAAUAUUCAAGAUUCGAUUCUAGGUCUUCAAAACGUGAUAUGUUAUGGUACAGAAGGAAGGAACACUAACGGAUUUCAAGUUCCUCCGUAUAAUAGAGUUUACGAAUACAUUCUUUUUAACGGAAAUAACUUUAAGGAGAUAAUAGUUAAGCCUCCUAGUUGUGGUUAUUGUUUAGCAAGAGGAUCUACAUGUAGUAAAGCUUGUCUUGCCACAAAACCACCACUUCCUAUAAUUGUCUCACCAAACAAUCGAUCCGGUGCUAAGAUACUCCAACAACUUCCAUUGAUCUCCAAUGAAAAUCUCAUCAUCCCGCAAGCUACAACAGAGUCUAAUGCUUUCUCAGUUAAUAGAUCAGUCAAUGAUAGAUUUCAUCACAUUGCUUCUCAACAACAGUAUCCUGGUUCAUACUUCUAUGACCCUUAUGUUUACCAGUCUAUGCCUUAUGUUGGACUUAAUCAAGCUCCUAUAAACGCUGCUUCGGUGUCGAAUUUGCCUGAAUCAUCUACCUCCGAGAUGACGUCUGCUGCAAGUAAAAGUUUGUUUACCACGUUUUUGCCUGCGCCAGUCUCUAUGCCGCGGCCUGCUUAUAACAUUGAUGGUUCUUCUUACAUGAUCUCGCGCAAUCCGUUUGAGCCUAUCGGGAGACCUUGCAAUCCACUCGGCCCUAUCGCGAGACCUGUGAAGCAUACCGAGGUUUGCUUCACAACUCUUACCUCUAGAUAUUCGUGAAAGAUUAUAUAUAUAUCCAAAUUACGAGCAAGAGAGUAUACCUCUCUCAAUAAGAAGAUGUUUCUUUU